AACUUACUGUUCAAUACUUAUAUGGCAAGUGCUUACCAUAUGGUAUACUGUGGUAAAAUUAUUUUGCAGUGGUUCUUCCCUUACUGUGAUAACAAGCACUACAUCAUGAUUUGUGUCAACAUCAAAGCAGAGAGAUUUGAAGUACUCGACAGUCUCCGUCACAAAGAUUUUGAAGAAUACUACAAUCAAUGGCAAAGAGGGUUGUCCAGUACGCAAUCAACUACAUGAAGACACAGUUUGCAGAGAAGACAGUAAAGUGGGAAAAGUUUACCUGGUUCAACCUCGAGAAGGUUAAACAACCAGAUGACAAGUCAUCUGGGAUGUACAUCAUCAGGUGGAUGAGACACUGGGAAGGUAAGUACAACAGUGCCCUGACCAAAGACUGGAAGAGGAUUGAUCUCAUAAAUGAAGAAAGGGAGUGCCUAAUGUUGGACAUCAUUCUGGAUGAGGACAAUCUUGAACGGGAUAGGAUCAUGAAAGAAUCAACAAAGUACUGCAACAUGAAGAACAAGAGGAAGAAUUGAAAGAAAGGAGAUGAAAAUUCUAUUAUGGUUUGUGUUAAGUAGUAGGAGGGUAUGAGACAACUUAUUAUGGUUUGUGUUAAGUAGUAGUAAGCUUUUGAGAACAAACUCACAAUGUUCAGUAGCCACUUCAUUAUAGUUAGUAGGAUGGUAUGAAACAACUUAUUAUGGUGUGUGUUAUGACUAAGUAAAACGUUCUGUUUUUU